AGUCCUUUAAAGGCGUAUUUAAAGCCCUGGCUUCAGUUGCAGGAGAGCAGCGGACAAACCUAUGCAACAAAAAGCUGCAGCAGCAGAGCCGAGCGACCGACCGACCGCUCAGCGGACAAAACACACCGAGCCAGAGGCUGACAACGACCCGGAGAGGUAUGACGGCAGGGCUUUAAUAUCACAGCCUGGACCAAAACUGCAACGUCUCGAUGACAUUUAUGACGCUUUCAAGGCCUUUUGAUUGAUCAGCCAAUCGAUGGGGAUUCACAGAGGAGCUCCGCCCACCUUCGCUACCUGCCUUCUUCCUCCUCCCCUGCCACCCUCUCCCCGCGGCCUCUCCCUCGCCCCCACCCACUCCGCCAUCCAGACCACCAGCCAGCGCUCCAUCCAGCCCUCAAUACACAAAAUGACUCUGGAACUAACUGAAUGGUCUUCUAUAUGGAUUUUUACAGCUUGUAAUAGACAGUAGGAAACAGAGGGAGAAACCUCAAUGACAAAAAAGCCAUAAACGCACACCACACACUACACACACACACACACACACACACAUACAUACACACACACAAAUACUUGACACACAGAAAAAAGCAAACGCACACUCUUGGAUGUACCGCACACUCUUCCUGUGAAAAUUCAACUGCUUCCUUUUAUUUUUCUGGAUUUUCUACGAGCCUUUGGAAAGCUGAUUUUUGUUCAUUAUUUUUUUUUAGACUCUGGGACAAAACAAAAAGCCGAGAGGAGGAUUAACACGUGUUGAAUUUGAAGCUGCAGUGUUUUGGGACGACAACUUGUUUUUAGGACAACUUGUUCAGAGGACAACUGAUUUUUUUUUGUUUUGUUAUAUUGACACACCAGAUCUCUAGAUAAUAGAUCAGUUUUUCCUUCAUUUAUUUAGUAUCCAUAGCUUUUUUUAGUUUUAGUAGGGAUCCAAGAUUAAUUGUAUUACCUUGCAUGCUGGGACACUAUCUGUUACAGGGUUUUAUUCUAGUGGUAUUAGUUUAAAGCAUUAAUAGAUGUAACUACAAUAUAACCAGCAAACUACUAACACAGGCUGCAGUUUGUAGCUUGUAAAGAUUGUAAUUCCAUCACUACUACGAGUGACUUGAUAUAAUUAGUUUGAAGAAAGCGAGGACGAAGUAUUGUUUCUUCUUUGGUAGCUACAGGUGGUUGUUAGAGGGGGGUGCACUUGUUACCUCAUUGCGUGCAUGCCCUCCAACAUGCCUCCCCAGAACACAGAUGCCGACGCUAUGCAGGUCGGAUCUCUGGGGGGCGGGGGCAAAGCCAAAAAAACCAAGGCAUCGGGCUCGGACGAGGAGAAAGGAGGAGCAGGAGGAGAGACGGAUGGAUCGGGGGCCGGCGGAGGAGGAGGAGGAGGUCGAGGAGGGGAAGAGUCUACGAGCGAGGGAUCGGUCGAAGGAAUACCCUUGAAGAGAUGGGUGAUGCACGGGGCCGUGAUGUUCGGCCGGGAGUUCUGCUACGCCAUGGAGACGGCGCUGGUGACGCCCGUACUGCUGCAGAUAGGUCUUCCAGAGCAGUACUACAGUCUGACGUGGUUCCUCAGUCCGGUCCUCGGCCUCAUGUUCACUCCUCUGAUCGGCUCGGCCAGCGACCGCUGCACUCUGCGAUGGGGCAGGAGGAGACCCUUCAUCCUGGCUCUAUGUAUAGGGACACUGAUAGGAGUUGCACUCUUUCUGAAUGGAUCGCUGAUGGGUUUAUCGAUGGGUGACGAGGUAGGGAGACAACCAAUAGGAAUCGUUCUUACUGUGCUUGGCGUGGUGGUGUUGGACUUUUGUGCGGAUGCUACAGAGGGACCAAUCAGAGCGUACCUGCUAGAUGUGGCGGACACGGAAGAACAAGACAUGGCGCUCAACAUCCACGCCGCCUCAGCAGGUCUUGGUGGUGCGACCGGCUACGCCCUCGGAGGUUUAGACUGGACGCACACCUUCCUUGGAGCAGCCUUCAAGUCCCAAGAGCAGAUCCUGUUCUUCUUUGCCGCCAUUCUCUUCUCCAUCUCUGUGGUGUUACAUCUCUUCAGCAUUGAGGAGCAACAGUACUCGCCCCAACAUGACAGGCUGGACCAGGAGAGUCCAGAUCGCACCAGAACGCAACCAUCGGCUAAUGGCAGGACUGGUCUCGCCCCCAAGCUGGAACUGAUUGGAGAGAAUGAGAUGAUGGACAGCUACGACCUCUAUGACCCAUAUGGAGACGACCUCUCAGAGCGUGGAGAUAUGGACAUGGACUUCUUGGAGAUGGAGCUUGUGAGAAGUAAAAGUGACAGUGUUCUCGCCAUGGCAGACGCCACUCUUGACCACAUGGACCACGAUGCGUUGUACCUCUGCCACUUAGAGCCGUCCAUCUUCGCCGAACGCCUCUCACCCUAUCACGGCUCGCCUCCUGCAACCGGUAACUUCUUCAACCCCCAUCGCAGCACUCCGCCACCCCGCUUCGGUAACAUCAGGCGCAGCAGCAGCGCAGGAAGUCAAGACCUGCUCCAAGCCAACAACCGCCACGCAAAUGCUACCAACCCCAGGAUUUCACGCCUCUCGGCUUUCUUGCAGGAAAUGGAAAAUGACGACGGUCAGGAGGCGUUGCUGAACAACCAGCUCAAUGAGCAGCGGACGCUGAAUGGGCAGCUGUUAGCCAGUGUGACUAAUCCUGACGGAGUUAACGCCAACCAGCUGAGCUCUAAAGGACAGGCACAUCGUGCUGGAAUGGUCAAAGCUGCCAGUACCGGAGCCCCCAUGCGGCAGUCACGUCACCGUCACAUCUUCUACCGCCAGCCGUCCUGCACCUUCUCCUACUACGGUCGGGUGGGAAACCACCGCUACCGCUACCGCCGGGCCAACGCCGCUUAUCUCAUCAAGCCAUCUCGCAGCAUGAACGACAUAUACGAAGUGGAGGCCAGACACAGGAGGAGGCACAAACAGAGAGACAGACACCGUAGCGGAAACACCACCUCCUCCAGCGGGGAUACAGAGAGCGAAGAGGGAGAGGUUGAGACCACCGUGCGGCUGCUGUGGCUCUCCAUGCUGAAGAUGCCUCCGGAGCUGCUGCGACUGUGCGCCUGUCACCUGCUCACCUGGUUCUCCAUCAUCGCAGAGGCCGUUUUCUUCACAGACUUCAUGGGACAAGUCAUCUUCCAUGGAGAUCCUACCGCUCCUCUUAACUCCACUUUGUUGGAGGAUUAUCACAAAGGAGUUCAGAUGGGAUGUUGGGGGCUAGUUAUUUAUGCCUUGACUGCUGCUACAUGCUCAGCUAUCCUCCAGAAGUACCUCGACAACUUUGACCUGAGCAUUAAGGUCAUCUACAUCAUGGGAACGCUUGCAUUUUCCAUAGGAACUGCUGUCAUGGCAAUCUUCCCUAACGUGUAUGUUUCCAUGGUGAUGAUCAGCAGUAUGGGCAUCAUCUCCAUGAGUAUAUCCUACUGUCCUUAUGCCCUGCUAGGGCAGUACCACGAAAUGAAAGCGUACAUCAGGCACAGUCCUGGUAACUCCCGGAGAGGCUUUGGCAUCGACUGUGCUAUCUUAUCCUGCCAGGUGUACAUCAGUCAGAUCUUGGUGGCCUCGGCUCUGGGUGCUGUAGUGGAGGCGGUUGGCAGCGUCCGUGUCAUUCCCAUGGUGGCCUCUGGGGGCUCCUUCCUCGGAUUCUUGACCGCCCUCUUCCUGGUCAUUUACCCGACUCCAAACAGCGGGGAUGGGGAAUCAGCCAAAGCUUCGAAACGAUCCUUGACGAAGCCGGAAAAUCAAAACGCCAACGAAGUGGCUGUUGCCGUGGUGACAGAGAAACCCAGCUUCCUGAAACUCAACAAGAAGGGCAAGGCCACCACCACCACCACUUCCUGUCACACAGAGAAUGAGUCCGCUCUGUGAUUGGCUGGCUUAAGUCGACGGACAGAUCACUAAAUUCACUUUUUGACAUUAUCGCCGACGGGAAGACUUUAGGUUAUCGCCGUCCUCGUCUUGCUGGAGUUUACGGACACAAAGAAGAGAGAGGAGGGUGAAUGGCGUGCGUUUGGUCCACUCUUGGUGUCUUUGACAGGCUUUUUUUCUGAUUCGGUGUGUCUUGAUUUGCUGAAGAAAAACAACUCAAUCUGACGCGGGACCAGUGUCACACCAGACCAACAAAGCAUUCUGGUCCCAUUGCUGUUUCAGCCAUCACAGAAAUUCCUUCCACUCAGCCCUCUCAGACAUUUGACUGAUCCAUCAAGGGUCAUCCAGAAGUGAGAAGUUAUCCAUUCAUCAUGGUUCUAAGGAGAGGUUGUCUCUGUCUCUCAGGGCCUCUAGGAGGUGCUACUGAGCAGCCACCGGGGCAGGAAACUUCAGGGGACUCGCACACAUACAUAACACGCACACACACCUCUUCAUCACAAUCGAAUGAACACAUGAAUAAUGAACGUUGUUGAAGAACAUUAGUCCACGAAGCUGCAAUCAUUCAAAGAUGCUGAAAAUUGUUCUUCCUCGCUGUGGAAUCGGCUCGAUCGACCAGCGUGUGUCUGCUGAUGUUUUCACCAAAAUAAACCCAAUAAACACGCUCGGAUUUGCGGGACUUUCAGUAGCUUUAAGACUCUAGAGACUUUUGGAAGUGGCAUUUCUGAAACCAAGAGCCCGAAGCCUGGUUCUUGGGGUGAGGGGGAUGAUUGAUCUUUAUUCCCCAGAUUGAUUGCAAGUGUGUUUUAUUUCGCCCUCCUCCAUGUGGCAGGAGUGCUAAAGUCUUUAGUUUGGCCUUCACCCCAGGGCGACGUUGACUAUAAGCUCUGCUCAGAAGUUGCCUGUAUAUCGAGGGUCAAGAACACAGAUUGAGUGAAAUUCCAGAAGAAGAAAAAAAAGAGCGCAGAUGCAAUAUGUGCAGUAUACAGGGCAUUACAAUCCCAAAUAUUAUUUUCAUGAUUUUAUUGAGGGCCCAGAAUGAUACUUCUGUUUGUUUUGAAUAAUCCACACUGACCUACAUGCUGCAUGUUAGAGGAGCAGAGAAGAGACAAACCAAACACCAGAGAAGAAGAGACGUGGAGUUGUUCUCUCUUUCUCUACUUUCUUGCUUAUUUUUUUUUUAUUUUUGGAAAAUGCUGUUAGCACAAUGUUUGUCACUAACUGCACAUUAGCUGAGCCAUUGUUUGAAAUUGUGUUAAAGAGCAUUCAGUUAGAAAAGCCUUGUUUGAAAUCCUCUCGGGGUGUUGGAUUCAUUCGUCUUAAGACACCAGCAGGACGGAGCCUCCUCCUCCUUUCCAGUGGAUCCAGUAACUCUACCAGUAAUCGUCAGAGUUUGUGAUGGGAAACAAAAAUACUAUAAAGGGUCCUGGACAUAUUGAAAUGAAAAAUAUAUAAUUUAAAUCAUUCUAGGGUUGAGAACGAGUAGCUUAUAUUCACGGGUUUAGGCUUGUUGCGUGAGCCUCGGUGGAGGAUUUCCGCUCCUGGUUUAGGUGUCUUGGUUCCACUGUACUGGGCCAAAUAUAAGUAUAAUAUAGUAUUUUAGAUGCUCAUUACAUCUGUGUGUUGUAAACUGAAUGGAUUUUUAGAAGAAGAUAGAGGGAUGAAAGGAGCACUGGAGAAAUGUUUAACUUAAAUAUAUAAAAGUAUUUAGCAUACAGACACGAGAGUUGUGUUACAAAUUUGGAACUACACGUCUUAACUAGAUGCAAAAUACGACAAUGAAGGCAGAUUUUAUAUAAUCCGCAGAUUUACAAAUCUAAUCUAAUCUAAUCUACAACUUUACUUCAAAAAAUCCUCCUGAAAAAUUACAAAAUAUCAAGAAUAAUAUGCCAAAUUACAAAAAUAACUUUACCACCAAAAGGCAGCUUGCCCAUGAUCAGAAUAUAUUAUAUCUUGAACCAAACAGCUUCAGUUGGUGUCAUUAAAGUGUCGUAAGAGAUGCAUGAUGUUCUCUGCUGCAUCUGCUGUUUCAUGAGGCUAAGCGGUAUAGCAAGUGAUGUUGGAUGAGGAAGUAAAACUGUUGAGUUUAGCUUCACUUUAGCCCUGUUAACAUUUAAACACAGUGACGAAACUAAUGAAGCUAAUCACAAAAACAUGCAAGUUGUAUAAAUUAAAAUGAAACUUAUUAAUACUGAAUGAUAUUGAGUGUAUUAGACCGAUAAGGUUGAAUAAUCUUGGAAUGUUGCUGAUGAUGCUGGACGUUUUAAAAAACUUGUAGUAAGAAAGAUUUAAGAUGUUAUUAUGUCUUUUUGUUUUCUGACAAAUCAGAUGUUUUGUUGCAAUAGCGGCCUCUGUUAAUCAGCUGUGGAGAGGACUGUGUGUGAGGGUUGUGCGGGCAGAGCAGGGUUGUUAAUGAUGGUUAAAUCCGGGUGUUUUUUUUCCUGCACGUGACCGGGUGAAAGGCUGUGGAUUUGGUUUUCCUUUCAGCUCAAUCAGCUGAAACAUGCAAAUCGAAAGGAAUUGAAAUGUAACUUGCAGUGAGUUAAUUUACUGAUGAAAGAAGGUUUUAUUAUAGUGGGUAUUACAGCAUUUAACAGAGUUUUAUUUUUGUUUUUUAGAAGAGAAUUCACUCACUGGUUGAUAUGUUUGUUUUUUGGAUGGGUGCUGGUGCAGAGUUGAACCCUGUUUCUAACAGAAUAGAUUCCUUCCAUAAUUUCAGGUACAUUCAGUCAGUCCCAGAGCAGAGCGGAGUAGAGAGAGAGUAUUUUUGCUUCGUGGGUUGACCCUGCUCUGGCUGUGGUGCUGGGACGGGAUGGGACGAUGGUGACAAAAGGCGAGGAGGUACAGACGCCAGAAUGGCUUCUGUAACCACUAGGGCAAUAAAACAUUCUGGAUUAAAUAACGAACAGUUUAACAACAAACAUGAAGAUUUAAAAAAAAAAAAAAAAAAAAAAAGCUUUGGGUUUGGGAGGUUUGCAUGUGACAACAGCAAUAUGCAUGUGUGGAAAACCAAAGUAUGACUCUGUACAAAUCACUCAAGCUCUUUUCUUUAUUGUCCUAAUAGGUCAGGGAUGUAUUUUCUAAUGCAUGGCUGGUUGUUUGUGUCUUUUUUUUUUUUUUGUUUGAACUUAAAUGUGUAAAGAAACAUGUACUCUUUAAGCUGAAGCAUUGUGCUCUGUCGGGGUCAGUACGCGCUCAACAAGCAUGUGACUUUCUAAACCUUUUUGCACAUUUACGAGUCAGACGGCGCACAUCUCGCACGAGUCACGAGCAACACUCCUUGUUAAAAAGUGUAGGCGGGAAACUCCAGGCCUCGAAUACUUGAAGUGCAACUUGAGUGUUUCUGUUCCAAUGCAGUGGGAAGUCUUUGACUUUUUGUUUUGUUUUGUUCUUAAUGUCCCAAGCCUUUUAUUUACCGCAGACUCGGGAAUGUUCAGACAGCAGCGUGGCCUGCUGGGAGAUUGAGUUCUCACCUUUGAUUCCAUCUUGUGACUUAAAAAACAAAAGUCAAUGAAUGUGACGCGAUUUCAGCUGAAAUACUUUUUUGUGUUAUCCUUCGACAAGCCUGACAUUGCACAGAACUUGCACAUAAUAAGUUAGGAAAAAAAAACGUAGAAGUGUGUUGCAAAAAGGAAGAAAAAUAACACUUGAUGUUUUUUUUUUUGCUUUCUUUGUCUAUAAAGGACACUUUUCACUUAGUUUCUAAAAGAAUAAAUUAAAGCUGUUCUAUUUGCUGUUACGGGAGAUGUUACUGAAGCGGACUGGAUUGUUAGCGUGUGUGUGUGUGAGAGUGUGUGAGUGUGAGAGUGUGUGUUAAAAAUGUCAUCUCAGUGUUUGUUUUGGGUUCUUGUUCUCUGUUCUUUGCAAUCACCUGGUUUACACUUAACUCUGGAAUCGAUGGCUGCAAUACCGGAGGUUAUUUACGAGUCUUUAUUGUCUCCGUUCUGGUGUUUUAACUCAACUAGAAAAAUGUCUUUUAUUUUGUAUCUGUUUGACUUUUAAGGCGGAGCCGCACAUGAGAGUUUGGCCUUUGCACUUUUUUCAGUGGCAGCCAUGUUGGCUCCACCGUCCUGAUCAUUGAAUGAAUGUGGCGACGACGUGGUGAUGCUGUUUCAUGUUCCCAGCCAGCAGCUGUCGGUGGCGGCGGCGUGGCGUGACCAUGCAGUUAGUCCAACCUGGCCAGACUCAGAGUGUGUGUGUGUGUGCGUGGCUCUGCCUCUGGUAAACUGUAUGUUAAUGACCGAGGAGAGAGAUGCCUAUACACUUUGAUCCUCACAGAGAUUAAAUCAAGAAGAAUACUUAAAGAAUGGGAAAAGCAAGUAUGCGCAGUGUACUAUAUAUAAUAUGCCUUGUUAUUUGAAAAAAAAAAUAAGAUGUAAAUAUACAUAUUUCUCUUUUAGUUUCUUCUUUUUUUGCUGCUAUAAAAAAGAUGAUUAUUUUUGUUAGUAGUUUUGUUUUCUAUAUAAAGACUGUAUAUAUCUCUAUGUUCUGUAAAUAUGCUUGAGCCUUCAUAUGUAGGACUCUGGAUGAACACUGUAUGGAACGCACCUUUAAAAUCUGUUCAGAAUUAAACCAA